AUGCGUGCUGCCGUCAUUGUGUUCGUGUUUGUGAUUUUCGGGCUCCUUAGUGUCCUGGAGGCGGUGCCCGCUCCUCAGUUUUAUGGCGGUUAUCCUGGUUACGGCGGUGGCUACGGCGGUUAUCCCGGCUAUGGUGGAUUCGGUGGCGGCGGAUAUCCUGGAUUCGGAUUUAACCGCGGCGGUUUUGGCAACUCCUACGCCAGUGCCCAAUCUUCUGCGUCGGCUGGCGCUGGCGGUUUCGGCGGUGGCUUCUAUGGCUAA